AUGAUCGUGGCCGUCGUGUCCGCCGACGGCCAGCGCAUGCUCCUCGGCCGCCAGAGCAGGUGGCCGCCCAAGUGGCACAGCACCCUCGCCGGCUUCAUCGAGCCGGGCGAGUCCAUCGAGGACUCGGUCCGCCGCGAGGUCUGGGAGGAGGCCGGCGUGCGCGUCGGCCGCGUCAUCAUCCAGUCGAGCCAGCCGUGGCCGUACCCGUCGAGCCUCAUGAUUGGCGCCAUCGCCCAGGCGCUGCCCGACGGCGAGGCCAUUAGCUUGCUGGACAAGGAGCUCGAGGCCGCGGCCUGGUUCACGUUUGACGAGGUGAGGGAUGCGUUGGUCAACGGGACGAGCGCGCUGGGCGAUCCGGUGCCGGAGGGGUAUCAGGGGAGGUUGUGCGUGCCGCCGAGGCAGGCAAUUGCGCAUCAGUUGAUGCAGGCUGUUGUUGAUGGGUAUUUGGAUCUGACGCCCAAGAUGUGA